UGGUGGCCGAUAAAACUAAAGAGUAUGGGUGAAGAUCGUCAUAAACAUUCGCGGUCCCGAGAUCGUUCCAGAGAUCGUAAAAGAUCUAGGUCCCGUGACCGACGCAGGUCGAGGUCAAGGGACAAGAAGAAGUCUACAAAGCGAAGGAAGCCCUCUCUGUACUGGGAUGUUCCCCCGCCAGGGUUUGAGCACAUUACUCCGAUUCAGUACAAGAGUAUGCAGCAGGCCGGUCAGAUCCCGGCAACUCUGAUGCCGGAUACUCCCCAGGCUGCUGUUGCUGUGGUAGGAAGCUGUGUGACUAGACAAGCAAGAAGGGUUUACGUUGGGAACAUCCCCUUCGGGUUUAACGAGCAGGAGAUGAUAGAUUUCUUCAACCAGCAGAUGCAUUUGAAUGGUUUAGCUCAAGCCGAGGGUAAUCCUAUCCUAGCGUGUCAGGUUAACAGGGACAAGAACUUUGCGUUCCUCGAGUGUCGAUCUAUCGACGAGACGACGCAAGCGAUGGCAUUCGACGGUAUAAACUUCAAGGGACAGUCCUUGAAACUGCGUAGACCCUUGAACUACCAGCCUGUACCUAGUAACAGCGGCCUAGAGUCUGGUGUUAGUGGUAUGGCCGGGGUCAUGCCUGGUGUUAUAAGUACAGUGGUGCCGGACAGUCCAAACAAGAUUUUUAUCGGUGGACUGCCGAACUAUCUCAACGAUGAUCAAGUAAAGGAGUUGCUAACUUCAUUCGGAGCCUUGAAGGCGUUUAACCUGGUGAAGGAUGUAACCUCCGCUCUGUCGAAGGGAUACGCAUUCGCGGAGUAUCUGGACGGAUCCAUCACAGAUCAGGCUAUUGCUGGUCUAAAUGGUAUGCAGCUGGGAGAUAAGAAGUUAAUUGUACAACGAGCCAGCAUUGGACAGAAAGCAUUGGGAGUUCCUACUGGUCUACAGGUGCCUGGUCUUGUCAAUGCUGGUCCUGGUCAGCCGACUGAGGUCCUUUGCCUCCUCAACAUGGUGGUCCCCGAGGAGUUGACUGAUGAGGAGGAGUACGAGGAUAUUCUGGAGGAUAUCAGGGAGGAGUGUGGAAAGUUCGGAGAGGUUCGGAGCUUGGAGAUUCCUCGCCCUGUUCCUGGAGUUGAGGUUCCAGGCUGUGGAAAGGUAUUUAUUGAGUUUGGAAGUUCUACUGAAUGUCAGAAAGCUCAGCAUGCUCUGACUGGCCGGAAGUUUGCUAACCGCGUUGUAGUCACCAGCUACUUCGAUCCAGACAAAUAUCAUAGACGAGAUUUCUAAAGAAACUCCGAUCACCAAUUCUCUCUCCCUUCUUUUCCACAUCUUUUAGUUUUUAUCAGAGCUAACUUAAACCCAUUUAAGGGUUUUAACUAGCUCUAGAAUUAAAUGUUAAAAAAUGGAUAAUGGGCUUUUUUGUUUUGACUUAAUUGUGAAUUUUUUCUUGUUUUUAGCUGAAAUCACCUUGUACAAACUUGUCUUUUGUUUUCUCCUUUAAUUCAUGUCAAUAUUGGAACUAGAACAUAAAAUAAACAUUGUUUAUAAA